AUUCAUGGACGGAUGCAUUACGAAGUGAUGUACACGGCGAUGUUCCGAUCUUUCUUUCGUCACGAGUAGAUCGCCAAGGAGCAGCACCCAGCAUCCAUAGUUAGGACGCAGAACAAAGCCUCCAGGUGUACCAGAUCGGUAGGCACACAAUCACCAUGGGCAGCCGCUCUGAAUGGCCGCAAAGUCUCAAAGACUUUGCCAAUCGAACAUUUGCAGCAUGUACAGACUCGAACCGGGCGGUUGUCAGUGAGGAGCUGAAAGCGCUGAUCUUUAAAUCCUUUCAAGAAGGGACAAUCCACACCACCGACUGGGGCCGUGUAGAGCUUUCCAGCCUGAAAAAGAAAAAGCUAACGCAGGUCAAGAAGCGCUCAGCUGCGGCGUCGCCAGCAGCCUCGUCGAGCAACGGACUGAGCUUGGAGGAGCAGAGUCGAAGGGAAAAGCGAGCGAGACGUUUUGAGAAUGAUGAAUUGCAACGACAGAGAGAAGAGGAAAUGGCACUGAGGGCAACUGCACGUGUUGCCAUUGGGCAUGCCCAACCAUAUGCGUCGUCUUUGGCCGGCCCUUCGGCUUUACUAGGUCAGCAUGUACCACCGUCACCUGUUGGCCCACCACAGCCGUGGGUUUGGUCAGCAGGCGCGGCGCCGAUGCCACCUCCACUACUUGGGCCCCCUCUGCUUGGCAAUAGGAUCUGUCUAACUCCGGGGAUUCGAGGCUCACCUGCCCCGCCGCCCGUGCCACUGGCAAACAACAAGCGUGCACCUGCAGGGAUUUCCAUGGGGGCAGGGAUGCCAACCUUUAGUGAUCCAGACGUUGCCGAUCCGAAUGUGAUCGACUGGGACGAGCAUACAGUUGUGGGGACCUCGACCAAGCUAGAGAAGCCGUAUCUGAGACUUACUUCAGCACCCGAUCCAAAAACUGUACGGCCACUUCCUGUGCUGGAACAAACUCUCGAGCUGCUCAAGAAGAAAUGGCGAAGGGAGCAGAAUUACGCAUACAUCUGCGAUCAGUUCAAGAGCAUGCGACAAGAUCUCACAGUGCAGCGAAUUAAGAACCCAUUCACGGUCAAGGUAUAUGAAAUCCACGCCCGCAUCGCGCUAGAGAAGGGUGAUCUGGGAGAGUACAAUCAGUGUCAAUCGCAGCUCCGGCUUCUCUACGCGUACAAACUUCCCGGCUGCUUGAUGGAGUUUCUAGCUUAUCGCAUCCUCUACCUCCUGCAUACGCGCAACAGACGAGAAGUCAACUCGCUCAUGACGGAGUUGGAAGAAAAGCACAAGCAAGACGUUGCGGUCAAACAUGCGCUGAGCGUUAGGAGCGCACUCGUCACGGGCAACCACCACAAGUUCUUUGCGCUUUACAUCGAUGCGCCAAACAUGAAUUCUUACAUCAUGGACCACUUUAUCGAACGGGAACGGGUCCGAGCCUUGCUCGUCAUGGCUACCUGCCUCCGUCCCCAUUGUCCCUUAUCCUUCAUUACCUCUGAGCUUGCCUUUACAGAUUCCCAAGAAGCACUCAACUUUCUUAAGGCUCUCUCCGCAGACCUGCUCGUCGAACCCACACCAGCCGAGGUUGAAGCUGCCAUCGCCGCAGCCAGUUCAACCAAGGCGCAAGGCGGAUUCACAAAAGGCAAGAAAGCUGCUGCUGCGGCGCGCAUUCCACUUAAUCAGCGCAAAUGGGAUGCCAAGGCUGCGCUUCCGGCUUUGACAGCAGCAGCUGCGCAACAUCGGAAGGUUGAUAUUAAAGGGCAAAUUUGACAUUAAAUGCGAGACGCAAGCAGCAAUAUCAAAGGCGGUCACGCUGGCCGAAAGCAGAGGGCGUGGGCGGGGCUAUGUGGUUCCACUGGUACGAAGACUCGCAACAUCUCCUUCCUCUUGCAAGACCCGAUGCAUUUCGGUCUCCUCAUCCCUUGCCCGCAAGUGAAAGUGUUCGUGUUCUGCUUGUGGGGCUCCAAUUGCUUGCACGGUGUCGGCUCAUGACUCUUACAUUCCUAUACAUAUGUGCGGCUCUCCAUUCAUUCUCAGCUCACUGUAUUUUAAAAAGAUCGACUUGCACGGGACGAUCCGAUGGAGUAUUUGACUCGCGUCAUCUUUGGUGUCAUGUAAACAGUUCAUUAAGAUGCAGGCAGCAAGAUGCAAAG